GGAGUAUCCUCUCCGCUUCUGACCCUUAGUUUCGUCUGUGCACAACUCGCUCAAAAUGGGCAACUCACUAAGCGUAUUUUGUUCCUGGUUCCGCCGCAGGUCCUGGCCAUGCCAUCGGCAACCUGCUCGUCUUGUCCGUGAGGCCUUCCCAGCUGGCCGGGCUCACCCCGCGGCUCCUGCACCUGUGCCUGCCCGGGGCAGCUGGGACCGUUCCCCACUCCUCUUCAACGGUCAGCGACAUCUUGGGCCUUCUUUUCCAGUCAGGUGGGACGGCGCCCCUAUGAGGCUGUGUCUUAUCCCUCGGAACACGGGCACCCCACAGAGGGUCCUGCCUCCUGUGGUCUGGAGCGCCCCCUCAAGGAAGAAACCCGUGCUAUCUGCUCGUAACUCCAUGAUGUUUGGACACCUCAGCCCCGUGAGGAUCCCUCCUCUCAGAGGCAAGUUUAACCUUCAACUUCCUUCAUUAGAUGAGCAGGUGAUCCCAGCCAGGCUCCCGAAGAUGGAGGUGAGGGCAGAAGAGCCCAAAGAAGCAACGGAGGUGAAAGACCAGGUAGAGACCCAGGGGCAGGAGGACAAUAAAACGGGCGCCUGUAGCAAUGGGGAAGCAGCCUCCACCUCUAGGCCCCUGGAGACUCAGGGAAACCUCACUUCCUCCUGGUACAAUCCCAGGCCCUUGGAGGGAAAUGUCCACCUCAAGAGCUUGACAGAAAAGAACCAGACUGACAAGGCCCAGGUGCAUGCAGUGAGUUUCUACUCCAAGGGCCAUGGAGUCACCAGUUCACACAGCCCUGCUGGAGGCAUCCUUCCCUUUGGGAAGCCUGAGCCACUUCCAACAGUGCUCCCUGCCCCUGUUCCGGGCUGCUCCCUGUGGCCAGAGAAGGCAGCCUUGAAGGUGCUGGGUAAAGACCACCUGCCCAGCUCUCCAGGCUUGCUGAUGGUGGGGGAGGACAUGCAGCCCAAGGAUCCUGCAGCUCUUGGAUCAAGUAGGUCUUCUCCACCCAGAGCUGCCGGCCACAGGCCCCGCAAAAGAAAACUGUCGGAGCCACCGCUGCAGCUGCAACCGACCCCUCCCCUGCAACUGAGGUGGGAUAGAGACGAGGGGCCCCCACCAGCUAAGCUUCCAUGUCUAUCUCCUGAGGCACUGUUGGUGGGUAAGGCUUCCCAAAGAGAAGGACGCCUCCAGCAGGGCAACAUGCGUAAGAACGUGAGAGUGUUAAGUAGAACAUCAAAAUUCAUGAGACUAAGACAGCUGCUUAGGAGGAGAAAGAAGAGAUGGCAGGGCAGGCGUGGUGGCUCACGCCUGUAAUCCAGCACUUUGGGAGGCCCAGGCGGAUGGAUCAGGAGGUCAAGAGAUUAAGACCUGAGGAGCAUCUCUGCCUGCACCAUCUGGGAAGUGAGGAGCGCCUCUGCCCAGCUGUUCCACCGUCUGGGAAGUGAGGAGCACCUCUGCCCAGCUGCCCCACCGUCUGGGCAGUGAAGAGCACCUCUGCCCGGCCCCCGCCCUGUCUGGGAAGUGAUGAGUGCCUCUGCCCAACCGCCUCACAGUCUGGGAAGUGAGAAGCGCCUCUGCCCAACCGCCUCACAGUCUGGGAAGUGAGAAGUGCCUCUGCCCGGGCCCUGCCCCGUCUGGGCAGUGAGGAGUGCCUCUGCCCGGCCCCCUUACACUCUGGGAAGUGAGGAGCGCUUCUGCCUGGCCAGUGCCCUGUCUGGGAAGUGAGAAGCGCCUCUGCCCAGCUGCCCACCAUCUGGGAAUUGCGGAGGAGCACCGCCUCUGCCCAGCCUCCACCCCAUCUGGGAAGUGACAAGCACCUCUGCCCGGCCGCCUCACAGUAUGGUAAGUGAGGAGCGCCUCUGCCCAGCUGCCGCCCUGUAUGGAAAGUAAGGAGUGCCUCUGCCUCGCCGCCGUCCUGUCUGCAAAGUGAGGAGUGCCUCUGCCCGGCCUCCUCACCGUCUGGGAAAUGAGGAGCGCCUCUGCCUGGCCACCGUCCCAUCUGGGAAGUGAGGAGUGCUUCUGCCCAGCCGCCACCCUGUCUGGAAAGUGAGGAACACCUCUGCCCGGCCCCCUCACCGUUUGUAAGGGAGGAGCACCUCUGCCCAGCCCCUGCACCGUCUGGGAAGUGAGGAGCGUCUCUGCCCAGCUGCUGUGCAACCUUCCAAGUGGGAAGUGACGGCCUUGUGUGUGAUCUUUCUGCCCUCCCCAAGUUUGCAUUUUCGACAUUAAAGUUUACUUUUUAGUUAAAAAAAGGAGAUCGAGAUCAUUCUGGCCAACAUGGUGAAACUCCGUCUCUACUGAAAACACAAAAAUUAGGCGGGCAUGGUGGCUUGUGCCCGUAGUCCCAGCUACUCGGGAGGCUGAGGCAGGAGAAUGGCUUGAACCCAGGAGGUGGAGGUUGCAGUGAGCCGAGAUCGCACCACUGCACUCCAGCCUGGUGACAGAGCAAGACUCCAUCCUGAAACGAUGUUGUAGUUGAGAGCACGAUGGUCUUUUGGGACAGGAGGAACAAGAGGUUCUGGUUGCCACUCUUCAAUCAGUUCUUCUUUUUCCUUGACUGUAAGAUCAGAUCUUUCUUGUAAUUUGUAAGUCUUAGAGAAAAGAAGUCUGAUUAUCCAGAGUAUCAGAAUCCCUUCCAAAAUAAGAUGGUAAGCAGGAGCCUCGUAAAGCGCCUGUACCAUCUCCACCAGAACCCACUGCUCCGUGGCAGUCGCCAUAGUUAGCCGCUUCCUUCCGGACGCUGUCUCAUUUCUAUCUCACUGUUCAGCUUAGCUGCUGUCCAGGCAAAUGUUUCUCAAAAUUUGAGUCACCUACAGACCCAAGCAAAGGGAAGAAAAAAGAAAAAGACAAAAGAAAAAUCUAUGCAUUUUAGUUUGUGAGAUGCUGGUGUAAGGACAAUGGUGUCCCAUUCGAGGACAAUGUCUUGUAAAUUUUUAAUUAUCUCAGCAAAAAAAAUUAGAAGUUUUCUGUUUUGGAAUGGCAAAAUAACUGAGAUUAAUAUCACAAUGGAGUUCAAAUUUUAAAAUUCUCAUAAAACAUAUCAACCUCCAAGAAUAUACCUACAGAUAUACCUGUCUUUGUGAGAAACAUUAAACCAGGAUAAAUAGAAGUGUGGGGCCAAGAUCAAGAGGAGGCCACAGUAACCUCUGGGUGUUAAGUAGAAAGGACAAACGGCCAAUGAGAAAAGGAUGGAGAUAGCACAAAACUGGGAAGAUCUACAAUUGUAAUCUCAUGCCUAUCUCUUGACACGCUUGUAUUUUUAUGUUACAAACCAUCUUUCAACUUUCUUUUAUUCUCAUUAAAAUGUUUUCAGUGUUUAUUCAGCA